AUGGCAGAACCCAUAGCUUUCUCAAAGACGCAACGCAUCGUACUCCUCAUAGACCUUAACCCUCUCUUCUCUCUCCAACAGAACCCUAACCCAUACCUGACUUCGAUCCUAACCUUCUCCAAACUCCUCCUCUCCUUACAUUCUCUCUCCAGUUCUCUCUUCGCCUUCAAGCUUUUCAUCUCAUCUCUCUCUCCUCUUCGCUCCUCUUCCCUCCUCCCUCGGUCCCAUUCAUCUUCUCUCUCCUUCAACCACCCUUCAGAGACCCUCAAUUCUCUUUCCACUACCCUCACUUCUCUCUCUUUUCCAACUCAAUUCGCUAAUUCACUGCCUCAUGCUUCGUGUAUCGCCAGCUCAUUGCUUCAGCUUAUACAUGAUUACUCAUGGGAGUCCGAAAUUGAGAAUCUGUCAGGUAAAAAUAACGAUUUCCCAGUUAUUCGUUCCCAUUUGGUUAUUCUGCUUUCUCCCAUUUGUAGAUCAUUCAAAUAUUUAUCUGAACUCAUGGGUAUUGAUUUAAAUGACGAAAGUUCAAAUGAAUUUAUUGUGAAAUUUCGUGAAUUGUUUGGUGCUGUGAAUGAUGCAUAUGUUAGUAGGGAUAUUCAUUGUAGUUGGAUUGACGUUAAUUAUGAAAUGGGGUGCACUGAAGAAAAUGGUGGAAUAAAUGAGCCUGGAACACAGAUUGCAGUACUGUUUCAGAAUGGAAUUAGGAGCUUAGGUUGGAGUUUUGGUUCAACUGAGUCAAUUGUCUUGGGUUCUGCUCUUAUUCCCUUUGGAUUGAUAUAUCCGAAGAUUGGAACUCCAUUUAAUGUUGCGAAAGGUAAUAAUCUGAACAAGAGCAUUUCUGCCCAAUUGAGUCUAGAGAUUUCAGAUGUCAGUGGGAAGCCUUUGGAAUGCAAGUGCUGUGAUCUUCAAUUACUGAAUCCGAUGUUGUCUAGGCUUACUUCUGAUAAUACUGUAAAUGCUUUGAGCUUUAAGGAUUCAGAAACUGAAGGGUCUGAUAAUAAUGAAUCAUUUUGGGGUCAUUUGGGUGAUGGACCUGUAAAGCUGCAUGUCAAUGCAGUGCAGAGGUAUGCAAUGAGUGAGAAAAUUGAAGGGUGCUCGGUUGGUCAUAUCCUAGUAAGAGGAUGCUCUGGACAACCUGGCAAAAGUAGGAAGAAGUGUUCGGAAGAAUUUUUUGCAGACAGGGCUCUUAAAAUGCUAUCGAGUGAAAUGGGUGAGUUCAUUCAGAGGAAUUCCAUUCCCAUAUGGCAAAUUCUUCUGAGCUUUCUUUACAUGGAGGGCUACUGGGCUUUGGGCUACUGGGCAUUGGUGUCUCUUUCAAAUAGCAAAGGGGAUCGAUUCAGUGGUAUUCUUAAGCCUUUAACAGCUCAUUUGGCUCUCCUCUCUAUAAUAGAUAAUGGUCUCUUUACAGUAAAUAACUUUAUUGGAUUGAACUUGGCAAACAUAGAUGUUGAGAUUUACAAAACCUCUGUUGAUAAGACAAACUCAGAUAGCUGUACUGGUUCUCAAACUGAUACAUCACCAUCUGGAAACUGUGUGCAACUAGGGGAUGGCAAAAGAAAAAAGAAUAAAAAGCAUUUGCAUCAGAACCUCACAUGGAGCUCCUUCCGUGAGGCAGCCUUUGAAUGCUUUGAUUUUGACUUGACAGAGAUUUACUUUGGCAGAGAACUUGACAACUCAAAGAAGCUAAAGUUUUUAAAAUGCUGGAUGAAACAAGUCAAAAAGCCUAGUCGUUACCGCCUAACAGCACCACAUGGAUCUAAGUCACUAGAGCACAUGGCCAAAGAAAUAGAUGAAAGGCUAAAUAUGGCACAAGAAGAGAGUGAACAGCCCACGUCUCCUCAUGUUUCAUCCGAACCAUGUGGAAUGCAGGAGGGAGCUGCUUCUGUUUCGUGUUUGGAGGCGGCCGAAUCUUUCUUCAAUAAUCUUCCAAUGAAAAUCCAACAAAGCCUUGAAUCGGGAUUGGACUUGCAGACCUUGGCAGAGAGACUUGUGAACUCAACCAUUCAUUGGUUAUCUCAACAGCAUGAAAUAGACAACAAAGUGGAGGGUCAAACCACAAUGGUAAAAUUAGGCGACACUUACAGCAAAGUAGUUGGCGCUAAACUAGUAAAACUUUUACUAAGGGAGCCCAAGGAAUUAAAGGAAAAGCGCAAUGAUAAUCUUCCAUCAUUUGAAGCAUCUGAUCCAAGUACUAGAUCAGAAAAUAUGAUACUCCGAUCGGAGAUUGCAGAGCGUAUUAAGGAAUCUACAAAGCAGGAGCUUGUAAAGCAGAUUUGCUCUCUUUUAGAGAUUAUUCAGUACCUGGUAGAAGGAGGCUUUGAUGGUCACGUAAGCCUUUAUAAUUAUGUUGAAAGGACCAUAAAAACAAGGUAUUCUCACAUUCUUGAAGAUGUUGUACAUAGUAUCUACGCAGAAAUGGAUCUGUUGCUGUUUGCUGACGAGAUUGAACCACCGAUUCUCCUAUUUAACAGUGAGGACAGUAAUCAAUCUUGGAGAGAGAAACCAGAGAGGGAUGAGACGGCCGAAACAAACAAAAUUCAUCAAUCAGUCUCAGCAGAAGAUGAGUCUUCCCAACCGCCAGAAGCUAUUGAUGAGAGUCCCCAAGGGGUUAGAAGAGAGGAGCAUGCACGCAAGUUAAAUGAAGCCCGUGAGAGGAGAGAAAGGGCCCGAAGAUUUACAUCUUUUACAAGGUGGGUACCAGAUUUGCAAAGGGUUUGGGCUCCAAAGCAGCCUAAGGCAGUGAAACUGAAGUCCGAGUCUAUUCAGAAGGAAACGAAAAGGAAGGAACGAAGAAAGGCUAGUUAUAGCAUAGUAUUGGAGACUCCAGUGACUGGGAAGAGGCGUUCAUGCUCUAGAGAAAACAGCCUCGAAGACGAAGAACAACUACAUCGUGGGAAUAACUCUUCUACUUCUGUUUCUAAAGCCCUGUUUCAAGGUGAAUGAUGAUACAAGGUUGGUGACAUUCUUUCAGCUUCCGUCGAGGAUUUUGCAUAUGCAUUCAUUCAUACGAGCAUUGAUGCAAUACGAAUUGGCCUUGCUGCUUGUCGACAUUUUAACAUCAUAAGGUUGCCUCAAAAUUCAACCAAACAGUUCAACUUAUUUUUGACAUUAGUGUAGUACGUUGUGUUUCAUACCUUCUCUAUAACAUGAAUGCAAUUGCAAGAUGGUAAUAAUUGUCUGAAUUGCUUUGACUUUUAACAUCAAAG